AUGACAUUUGAAUUCUCGCAACAUCUGACCGAAUUCAACGUCCCCCUCUCCACCUUCCUACGUUCAAGACCAUUCACCCACGUCGCAGUCGGAGCGUACAUCUACUCCAGCAAAGAAGGCGAGAAAACGGUUCUCCUGCUGCAACGCAGCGAGAGCGACUCGUACCCGCUCCACUGGGAAGGACCGGGCGGCGCGUGCGAGGAAGACGACGAGAGCAUGCUCUCCGGCGCGGCGAGGGAGAUAACCGAGGAGACGGGCCUGCAUGUGCGGCGAUUCGAGGACGUGAUUUCCCUCGAUGAAUGGGAGGACGUCAAGCACGGCGCCGCGAGGCGGUUCUGCAAGAUUGUUUUCCUGGCCAGGGUGUGUGAAGACUCCCACCAGGGGUGGGAGGAGGAGCGUGUGCUUUUGGAUCCAAAGGAGCAUCGGGCGUUUGUCUGGGCGACCGAGGCGGACGUUCAGGGCGAUCGGUACAAAUUUAUCGGCGUGCAGAGGGAGACGUGUCUCAGAGGGUUCAAUAUGAACAAUAGAUGUAUAUAG